GAUAGUUUCGGAAUAAAAGAGCCUUUCCCUGAAAGUAUCUACCCUAUUGAGGGCACUUCUGCUCAAGUUACUUGCGUGGCUUUCGAUUCAUCGGGAAUGAAAAUUCCCGAAAGAAUACAGUUUGUGAGGAAAGAUAACUUUGCUCGUUACACAAAUGUAACAGAGACUGAAAACAUUGAACUUGAAGAAAUGAGAGGUCCGAUAGACCAAGGUGAGUUGUUCAGUACCUUUGAGAGCAUAUUAGGCCUUUGCCGAUUGUGCUAGCAACGUUUGAGUAUUAAUUGUUUCUGAGACUAAAUAACUCUAUUUUGCGUUUUGAGCAGAGCUGCACACUUUUUCAAAAUUCUAGCAAUACUUCACACUUUCAAUAAAUUUCCAGCGAAAAUUGCUUGUUUUCUGUGAAACAUCAAAUAUUUAUUAGCUUAACUGUGCAAUUUUGAUAUUUUUUAUUUCUUUUUUUUUUACUGUGCACUACUAGUUUUUUGGUCUGGACGAAGACUGUUGUUGUCGCGGAAAAGCAAGCGGGCCCUCUUGUGCAUGGAAACGAAAAGAGCUGACCAUUUGACUUUUCAGGGGGGUAUGAGUGAUUUGGUUUGGGUAAAGAAAUUCUCCCCAACCUCUGGAGUUAGAUUCUUUCCCCGAUAUACACCUAAUAUACCUGUAAGUGUACAUUAUUUUCAGAGCAGGAAGUUUUUCCCCUAGGUAUUUCCUUGCAAGAUUUUUCUCCCCUCGAAAUCAGUCUACAAGAUAUAUUUUUUCCUGAAAUCACCCAUUCCUUUCCCGCAAAAGUCAAAUCAUCGGUCCCUAAGGUUUUUAAAAUAACAAUAUGCAAAAUAGAUUGUGAAAUGACACGUGCUCGCAGUGAUUAGGUUUUCAGGUCUCAUCAGAGUGUCUAAGCUUUUGAGUAGUGGUGUAACACUCAAAAUUUACGACCUUCCUGCAGGGCUCGACUCUGUGCAUGUCUCGUUGCAAGGAUUGUCUUGAUAGACAUCAUCAGUUUAUUUGCGAGACGGUUAAAAAAACUGUAAUAGUGCGACAUACUGUGGUGUACUAUAUUUGUUAUUUGUGGGAACUUUUAAUAUACAUGUCUAAUAUGUAACUCUUACAUCCCUUUAUCAAAAGGCAAUCAAAAGCUCUCUGUAACCAUGAUUAUUAAGAAUGUUUCACUGAAUGAUGACAGUACCUUUGGUCCACUGGGAAGGUACGAGUGUCACGCUUUUGCAGUUGGUGACCCUGUGGAGAGAAAACAUGGAUUUAGUGUCAAUGUUGUUAGAAGUAAGUCAUUCUCGUUGAGCAGUGGUGGGGCAGUCACUCGCUGUUAGCGGCUUAAGCCUUAGACGUUUGCUACCCCAGAUAAAAAUUUUUUCUAGAAAAUUUCCAAAAGUAUAUAUUUAGAAAGGAGAAGAGUUUUCUUUAACCAGCGAUCAGAAGUUCACUUCUUUCUUUCUGAUCGCAGGUUAAAGUUUCUAUGGCGCUAAUGGAGUUAAACGAGGUUUACAAGUUGUAUUGUUGGUUUUCACAUGACGUAACUAAAAUUCAAACUACAAAACUAUCAAUGCUACUGAGAUUUUACUUUCAUAUUGUAUUAGAGAAGCUGAAAACUAAUGUUCAAAAAAUUUUCGCUUUAAAAGAGUUCUUGGUUUUGUAAUAAAGUACGCUUGAAUUUCUAAGCUUUUGGGUGACUCAGCAUUUACAUGACCGCCAAGAGAGCUGUCAUGUAGGUUAAAAAAGUGAAUUUUGCUCUCUAAUCAGUUCAUGUAUUAGAAAAAGUAUUACUUUAAUGUUUAUGGGUUCCUCUAGGAGAAAAUUAACACUUUUUAACAGAUAUUUCUGCUGGUUUCCGUCCGCCAUGUUGGUGCUAAUCUGGGUGGGCACCAGCAUGGCGUCUCCAUACAAAUCUCUAUAAAUUUGGGUAAAUAACUUAUCUCGCAUACGAAUUAUUCCUUCGACAUAAAUCUUGGCGAGGGUCUUUGUAUAUUUACCUCCUUUCAUUUCCCAGAUUCUGGACUUUAUCUAUCGAAUGGUUUUGAUUUUGAUUUUUAUCUAUUUUGAAUGGCGUGACACUGGAAACCAGCAAUUGGUCUAGUUUAGAACAAGUUGUGGAUCUUGUGAGACGACUUAUUGGCUGUCUCUGCUAACUUAAAUAUAGUCUGUCAAGGUGAGAUUUCUUUUAAGUAUGAUCAAAUAUAUGUCGACUGCUUCUUGCAGAAAAUGGACAGUUAAAAUAGUUCAAAUGAUUGAUAAACUCGUUACAGGUGGAAAUUUGUGACAUAGCCUUACGAUUUCAAACAUCAGUUUUCUUGAGGUCGAAGUUUAGAGUGCCUUUGAUGUCUAUUUAGAAGACGAGAUCCCUUCUGUAGCUGUAUCGAAAUUCGGACUGCUACGGCAUGGCCAGAACAUAACGAUCAUUUGCAGCGUGACUAAAGGCUCGCCGGCAAGUAGAACAACGCUGACGAGGAUUUCAUGGUUUAAGAAUGGGAUGUUAGUGGAAUCAGUUCGAAAUCCAGAUCCCGAUAAUCCACAAGAUCGCCUUAAACCUCUCAUUAUCAGAGAUAUUGGGGCCAGAGAUGAUGGAGUUUACACGUGUCUUCUUGAAGUGUUGCUGCGCCAUAUCAAAGCACACAAUGUGUCGGACAGCAGUGUGAUAAGUAAGCUUCUAUUUUAG